CGUGACCGUCUCAGUUCAUCUGACACACGUGAUCGCGAAUACUGCAGGCUGACACCGUAUUUCGCACGCCCUCCAUACGAAACGCUUUGACCUCCGGUGAUGAUCUGACAGUGCAGGAGCCUCGUGGAAUGGCCCACGGCAGCGCCGAAUCAUAUCUCAAACUCAAAGGCCCUCUACGCUCGAUCCUGACGUCAUUUUGAGGCGUUUAGUCUCCUAAGUAGGGAAGCCACGUCACAUGUGGACUGGUCACUGCCCGAAUCGUCAGCAUGGAGAGCUGCUUAUCCAUGCUAGCUCGCGGAGACCCAGCAAGAGAUAUUUCCUGAUGCAAUAUAUCGGAAGCGUCCAUCGCAAUCCCGCUGGUUGCACAUCCUGAGAGCCCUGCUGUCCGGCUCUGCAUCUGGCUUGGACCGGGACCCCAUACAAUUAUCUGGUCAUACCCUCGUCGUCUCGCAAGGGUCAAGUGCUUGAUUUUAUAUGCAGAGUGGACAUAGAGCUAAAAGGUGGGGGGGGACAUCUGGGCCUCUCGAGCGCGGCUGUUCUCUCGCCUCGCGCCUUUGCUCGCUGUCCUUCAACGCCGCGCCUCGCAGAUCAUGAAAUUCGUUUCAAGAAAUUGGUGUUCAUGUGGCCUGACCCGAAUGCAUGCAUAGAGUGACGGGGCACCGCAAGCCAUGCGAUAAGCGGGUCUUAUCGAAGACCUUGCUUCUGUUUUGGGAGAACAAUGGCCUGAGGGUCGUGAUGGCCCGACUCGCAUUACGGUCCCAAGCGAGUCACGAGAUGGGAUUUAACGCGCUCGCAUUGUUGCUGUGGCUCUCCUCACGUAGUUUGGCUUGAACCGCCAUCCACUCCCCCCUUGGUUGCCAGCAAACGCUUACGACGAUGGAUGCCCUCCGCCGAAUUCCGGCACCUCUCACUGCACAGGAAACAAUGCCCAUGCUCGAAUGGGUGCUGCCAGCCGCUCGACCUCUGCGGACCGAGGAGAUCGAGGCGCAGGGUCUCCGCGUGAGGAAGGCAGCCGCAGUGCGAUCGAGGCAGCUGUAUUGGCGCGUCCACUACUCGGGGCAGAGGAUACAUUUCACGGUCAAUUCGCCUGAGCAGCGGGAGGCGCUGCAGCUCGGCAAACGCCUGCGAGUGAAGCUGAUGUUGGCCGCACUGGCUGCGCCGGGGCCUGCGAUGGAGCGCCCAGAUGAGGAGUGGAUCGCACGGGCCAAGGCGCGGGAGGCGACGCUCAAGCGGGCCCCCGUGCCUACCCCUGCCCCAGCCAAGGCCCAAGCACAGAAGGCCAUUCCCAAGGUCUUGCCGCGUCGCAGCAAGAUCCCAUGUGGAACACCUCCCACUCGUAUCCAGCAAGAGGGCCGAAUUUGUCCUGUCUCCACUGAUGCAUCCCUGGGGGACGCUAAAGGCUUGUUGAUCAGUGCUAGAGAUAGCUUCAUCAACGCCGGGGAUACUGAACUAGGUCAUCCGAGGAGAGAGCAUGUCAUGCAAGAUGCCACGGACCAGCUCUGGCCGCCCAGUGUUUACGCCAUCACUGUCGACUUCAUCCAGCCGGUAGUCACUCGCCACCCAGACAAGUUUACGAGCGUCACCAAGAUUCGUAAACGCUCGCCGCUCGUCCCUGAAGAGAUUCCUGAUGAAUCUGUCCCUCGCACGGAGCCCGUGACCCCUGAGAUAGUCGCUACGGAGCCUGCGACACCGCUCAUGGUACCUACCGAGCCCGCCAGUCCCGAGCUCCUUGCGAGCGCGCUCCGCCCCCCGCCGGCUAUCCGGACCACCGAAAUCACUGUCGCCAACGUCCAGCGCGCGCUCGCUCGUAAGGGUCUCAUGCGCGCGUCCGCCGUGGUAUUGCCCCAGGCCCCGGUAGCUCCCAAGACCCUGAAGCGCUCCGUUGUGUCCGCCGAGCUGCUUUCGUCGGACGUGGACGAGGAACGGCCGCGGAAGAGACGCCAGCCGUUGGCUCGUGUGCAAACCUGUCGUGAUAUGGAUGUCGAACUGUUGGUGCUUGGCGAUUGAUUCCAUGUCGUCCUUAUUUCAUGAUCUCUACUUGUAUAUGUAGUCUCGCGCAUCUUCAUAACAUCGAACAUGUCUAUAUACAUACUUGGAAUACACGCUAUGAAACUGAACCUUU